GACCGUUUCAGGUGGGCAGAACAGUUGCGCUCGACAGUAAAAAGCGAAGCAAUCCUGCACUUUUGCAGCAUCUUCGUAUUGCUGUUGUGAUUAAGGGAUGGAGGAUGACUUCUCACACCUUCAGAUGUGUGUCCUGAGAACCUCUAAACUGCUGAAGGCUAUAAACUCAUGAUUACCAAUGUGUGCAAUCAUAAAGUCAUCUAUAAUCAGUAUGGCUGCAGUUUAAAACACCUACCUUUUGAGUGACCAACAUACAGAACUGUGAGCUAAAGGACAAUAAGCUCACAAAUUGUAGUGCCAAGAACACAUGACUCCCACUCAGAAAACAAACUCUUGCAAAUAUUUUCAAAUGAAUGAACUUGAAAGCGUCCAACAAGAAAACCAUGCCUGACCUAAACAAACAGUAAAACAUUCAUCCACUCUGACAGGGACAUUUAUUUUCACCUUGUCCUCUAAUGAGAGCCAGAUAUCUGUUUGUAUAUACCGUCACAUGCUGCCAUGACUCAACCCAACGUUACAGUUCUCUCGGCUAAUAUCUCUGGAGGAUCCGAAUCGGGUAAUCUGUACCGUCCGUUUUCAGUGUUCAGUGUUCUCACGCUCACUUUGUUGGCCAUGCUAGUGGUGGCCACCUUUGUAUGGAACCUUCUGGUUUUGGUGACCAUCCUGAGGGUGCGCACCUUUCAUCGUGUUCCCCACAAUCUGGUUGCCUCUAUGGCCAUCUCUGAUGUGAUGGUUGCAGGACUGGUUAUGCCCCUCAGCCUGGUUAGGGAGCUUUACGGUCGGCGUUGGAUUCUGGGUCGGGCCCUGUGUCAGGUCUGGAUCUCCUGCGACGUGCUCUGCUGCACAGCCAGUAUCUGGAACGUGACGGCCAUCGCCCUAGAUCGCUACUGGUCCAUCACACGCCACCUGGAGUACACGCUGAAGACGCGCAAACGAAUCUCCAAUGUGAUGAUUGGCCUCACAUGGCUGCUCUCCUCUGUUAUCUCACUUUCACCACUCUUCGGUUGGGGUGAAACGUACUCGGAAGAUAGCCUGGCUUGUCAAGUAAGCCAGGAGCCCUCAUAUACAGUCUUCUCCACCUUUGGAGCCUUCUACCUGCCCCUCUGCGUGGUGCUCUUUGUCUACUGGAAGAUUUACAAGGCUGCAAAGUUCCGCAUUGGCUCUCGCAAGACCAACACCAUCACGCCCAUGGCUGAGGUCAUAGAGGUUAAGGAGGCUGAACGACAGCCCCAGAUGGCCUUCACAGUUCGUCACGCUACUGUAUCGUUCCAGACGGAUGGCGAAACGUGGCGAGAGCAAAAAGAGAGGAGAGCUGCUCUGAUGGUGGGCAUCCUGAUCGGUGUGUUUGUGCUCUGUUGGAUUCCCUUUUUCCUUGCUGAGCUCAUCAUUCCUCUCUGUUCAUGCGACAUCCCCCCUGUCUGGAAAAGUGUCUUUCUCUGGCUGGGUUACUCAAACUCCUUCUUUAACCCACUCAUCUACACAGCCUUUAACAAGAACUACAACAACGCCUUUAGAAACCUGUUUUCCAGACAGCGAUGAGAAACCGAAUGAAGAAAGACCAGAAUGAAAACCUUUGGGUUUUAUGAGUAGAGAGUGAGAAGAACAUCAAAAGUAUCCUUUUUCUCAGUUCAGAAACAGAAGAUACAAAAGCACUGCACUCGCUCUAACCGUUGUGGAAAGGGGAUUUCCAACGCACAUCAAAAAACAUGCAGGUCUAGUGUUCAGAUUUUCACCUGCUGGCGAUAAUAUCUGUGUAUGGCUGCUGCUGCCAACACUAUCUGUUAAAUCAUCAGUGCUGAGAUAAUGCAAGUCUGCUGAACCAUCCAAGUGUCCCCUUUAGCAAAACUGAACCACUCAUUCGGACACUGAGCAAACUGUCUGUAGCUCUCGUCAUUUCUGUGAACUCUCGAGAGAGAAACCAUAGUUGUUUUCCACUGUUCUGAAAGAUCAGAGCCAUUUUCCAUCUAACUGACAAUGAAGACACAAAGUAGGCAUAUGUACACUUCAUGAAAAUCUGGCCUAAUUUAUAUCCUUUCAUUCCUUAACAAAAGAUGUGGCUAAGGAGCAAUUUGUAUUUCCAUCACAUUUCCUUUCAUUAAAGUUUUUCCUUAAAAAGAAAGUUGAUGUACAAAGACGAAAUAUGAUUUCAGGUAGAGACAUGGUGUAAUAAAGUGAAAUGGAAAUUUUGAGCAAAAUAGUCGUUAUAAAUGACCUCAUAAAUGCCUUUGUUUCCAGGCAGCACAUCUCAGCAUUAAUGUACAUUACCAUGAAUGGAUUCGGCCUGUCCUCUUUGUAAGCAGAGUAAACUGGAAUACGUGGAACGAAAUGUAAACAUGCCUGCAAUUCCUUUGUGAUGGAAGCUGUGCUUCAGUUGUUAAAUAAAAGAAUCGAUCCGGGAUUCAAGGUUAUUGAAGAUACCGAAUAAUUGCUGUUUAAUGGUUAUCAAUAAUCGGAGGAUCAUUAAAUAAGGCAGUGUGAAAAGCUCAAUGUCUCUCAACAGUUCUGUCUUUUUUUGCAUUGCCAUGCAGAGGCUUCUCCACACGUCCUGCUUCUAUUAGCAAAAAUACCUUUCUAAUGCUAAACUGAAUACGAUGGUCAGUGACAGCUUUGUUAUGCCCUUAGCAGUUAUCACAAUGCUUCCAGAGCAUGUGCAGAGAAUCACAAUAAGUAUGAGAGCACUGAUCUCAGCCCAUCUCUUUGAAAUACUGUCCAUGUAUCAAGACUGUCCAUCAAUUUGUCAGUUCAUCCAUUAUCCAUAUACUCGGCUUAAGGGCAGCACAAAAUUUUACUUUACAUGUGUGUCUAUGAGAAUAAAGUAAGGUCUGUGGUGAGUCUAGUACUCAGGCUUUCCAAAGGUUGAAUAAGGAGAGCCAGAUACUGAGAGAUGGAAAGCUAAGAGUAGGAACAUAAACAUGUUCUCUCUUUAUAUGUUUACUUUGAACAUGGUAUAGGGUUUUCACAAAUCUUGCUUUCUUGUUUCCCAUGAUUCACACUUGAUAAAUUAAUCGCACCGUUCAGGUUUCACACUGUACAUUCAUAAAUUUUGCGCGUCAAUAUUAUUGAUUGGUCAAACGCAGCAUGUGACCUGCGUUAUAACAGCUUGUCUUGCUCAUGCUCUUCAUCAGUUUGUAUACCAUCCAGUUUGUCCUAAAUAGGUGACUAUAUCUGUAAGAAUAAAACAAUUUAUUCUUCACACAAUUAACUCAUUUUCUGCUAAUUUUUGACAUUUUGAUUUUUUUUCCCCCUCAAAUGCAUCUCACCACUCAAUUUAAAGGGGACAUCGGAUGCAAAAUUCACUUUUACAUGUUGUUUGAACAUAAAUGUGUGUUGGCAGUGUGUGUACACAA